AUGGUAACUGCGAUCAGUGAAGCUUUUUCUUGGCUGGAGGAGCAGCAAAAGAAAUGGGCCCAAGAACCCUUGGGUCAAGCCCUAGCAGAGGCGCUCGCAGGGGCCGCAGCGGCGCGGAAGCGGAUGUCGCAGGCAUCCUUUGACCCCGGAGAAGCAUUGAAGGAGCUGGAGGAGUUGCACCAGCUCUGCUGGAAGCGGCUCCAUUCGGAAGGACAUCUUGAAGCAACGUCGCCCUGGCGGGAGGUCUUCGCACUUUGUUGCUUCAUGCGCACUGAGCUGCGAGGUGAGUGCAGCGAGGACAAGAAGCGCGCUUUGCGCCUACUUGAUUUAGGUUUGAUCCUGGGUGGACCAGACACACAGAUCGCAUCUGCGCUGCAUCACCGUGCAGAAAAGCUGGCGGAGGAGUUAUCGACGCGCAAGCGUGCGCACCACGAGGGCGGGGACGAUGGAGGCUGGCUGGCGCCUGGCGUUGUGGCGCCGCGGCCUGCAGCAGCAGUGCCUGAAGUGGCGAGCCCCUUGAGUCUGGAAGAUUUCCUGGUUUCCUACUUUGCCACGAAAUCUCCCGUGAAGAUUGCGCAGGGCUGUCAAGCCUGGCCGGCCGUCAGGCGCUGGCGUGAGGAGGCGUUCUGGAGCACUGGUGCCUUAGGGCAGCGCUUCGUGCCAGUGGAGACAGACUAUUGGAUGGAGGAGGGCUUCGACAUAAUGCAGUUAAAAGACUUCAUCCAGCAUUGCAAGGUGCCCAGCAAAAGCAGCAAUCCGUCCAGGGGAGGCUACCUGGCGCAGCAUGCCUUGUUCGAUCAAUUGCCAUGCUUGGAGGCGGACCUCCGGAUGCCCGACCUAGCCCUUUGCGGGGACGGAGACAGCACGGUGCUGCGACAGGUCUUCUUUGGCCCCGAAGGGACGGUGACACCCCUGCACUCCGAUCCCUACGAAAACAUCUUCUGCCAGGUGGUGGGAGUGAAGUACCUGCGCCUCUAUGCGCCCAGCGAGUCGCGGCACCUCUAUCCCCGAGAGGAGCCUUGGCGGCUCCUCGCCCAGGACAUGAAGAACAACUCUCGCCUCGAGCCCGUGGAUGUCUUGUUGGCUGAUGCCGUAACAUACCAGGAGAAGUUUCCAGAGUUUCUACAAGCAGAAUUCCAAGAUGUUGUGAAAGCCACGCUCAGAAGGGGAGACCGACCCUGGGACCCUGGGACCCUGGAAGCAUUGGGGCUCGCCCUGGAGGCUUCUCGACUUCAAUUUCCGUGGCAUUUCACUUCACCUGAACAGUUGACGAGGUCUGACCCGCAGAUGCCGGAAGUGGUAGCACGAUCCAACGAGGCGGAGCUGAAGUUUUGGCGUCAGACGCUGGCUAUGGAAGAGGAACCUGUCAACGACGGCAACAACGUUGAACAGGAAGUACCUGUCGAACCACAGGACGACAGGCCACAACUCUUGGAGCUGCGGGAACCACCAGAGGAGAGUUGUCCCCUGUAUGUUUGCAUCCAGGACUGCGGUCCACCCCCAGGCAAAGUGCUGCAAGAAGGGCAUGAGCACUUGCUGAAGCUGCGGAAAGGCGAUGUGGUCAGAGUGGUGAGUCGCAUCGAGCCCCAGCAGAAGUGGCUCCAGGGCUACGUGGACUCGAUGGAACAGAACAAACCUAGAGGAUGGUUUCCCCGAGAGCGAGUGGAAAGUCUGCAGAAAGAGAAUGUGACAGGCGCUUCGUUGUCGAAACUGCUGGCGGCCGGCUUGAUCAUGGAUGAGGCAUCCAUCGGUCACCUGAAGCCCAAGUUGCCACCGAAUCUACGUCGUGGACGAUAG